CAUCCUCCCAUAUCCAAAUUGAAGGUGAAAUCCGCUGUCGUCCCGUUAAAUGUCAACCUAAACGCUUGUUUUAUUGUCGCCACAGUCUCUCUGUAACAUAAACAGCAGCUAUGUCGGUGUUUUGUGAGGUCUCUCAGGCAGCCCCUGUAGCUGUCUUCAAGCUGUCACAGGAUUUCAACAACGAUCAAUUUCCCAACAAGGUGAAUCUUGGAGUAGGAGCCUACCGGACAGAUGAAGGAAAGCCAUGGGUUUUGCCGGUGGUGAAAAAGGUUGAAAAGAUCAUUGUGCACGAUGACAGUCUUAACCAUGAGUACCUGCCCAUCCUGGGCCUGCCUGAAUUCAGAUCCUCAGCCUCUAAGAUCGCACUGGGAGAUGACAGUCCUGCCAUCCAGGAGAACAGGGUUGGGGCUGUCCAGUGUCUUGGUGGUACAGGGGCUCUGAAGAUGGGUGCAGAAUUUCUCAGGCGUUUCUACAAUGGAAACAACAACACCAAAACACCCGUCUAUGUGUCCGCACCUACCUGGGAAAAUCACAAUGCUGUUUUUGCCAGUGCUGGCUUUGAUGAUGUCCGUCCAUACAAGUACUGGGAUGCAGAAAAUAGGGGCCUUGAUUUGGCUGGUUUCCUUGGAGACCUGGAGAGUUGUCCAGCACACUCUAUCUUUGUCCUGCAUGCCUGUGCGCACAACCCAACUGGUACAGACCCGACACAGGAUCAAUGGCAGCAGAUCGCUGAAGUUAUGAUGAGGAGGAACCUGUUUGUGUUCUUUGACUCGGCUUAUCAGGGUUUCGCCUCAGGCAAUCUGGAUAAAGAUGCCUGGGCGAUCCGCUACUUUGUCUCUAUGGGCUUUGAAAUGUUCUGCGCUCAGUCUUUCUCCAAGAACUUUGGCCUCUACAAUGAGCGUGUGGGAAACCUGACCAUUGUGGCUCGUGAUGCAGACAACCUGAAGCGAGUGCUGUCCCAGAUGGAGAAGAUUGUGAGGACCACUUGGUCCAACCCACCGUCUCAGGGAGCUCGCAUUGUUGCCGUCACUCUUACCUCACCUGAACUCUUCAGCGAAUGGAAGGAAAAUGUGAAGACAAUGGCUGACAGGGUCCUGUUGAUGAGGGCUCAGCUGAAAGCUAAGCUCCAAGCUCUGGGGACACCAGGCACCUGGGACCACAUCACAGAGCAGAUCGGCAUGUUCAGCUUCACAGGCCUCAACUCCAAACAAGUUGAGUACAUGGUGAAGGAGAGACACAUCUACCUGAUGGCCAGUGGUCGCAUCAACAUGUGCGGUUUGACCUCCAAGAACAUAGACUACGUGGCAGAGUCCAUCCAUGCGACUGUCACCAGUGUCUAGUAGAAGACUACACUACCCACAGUUUUUAGUACUCCCUCCAUUCUGGCCCCAAGUCACCUGAUGACAGGGAAGUAUUUUUUUUCUAGCAGAUUUCUUGGGGCAAAUAUAUGCUCUCAUUUGCACAAAUAUGCAGACAGCCCUAAUCUCACUGCCCUCACCUUUCUAUAGUGUUUGUGCUAAGUUAUCUUAACACACAAAUGGGACUUAUUCCUUUAAUUAUGAUAAUUAUUUGUCCUAGUUUUCUUAAUGUUGGUCGCUUCUUGUUAUAUUAUCUUAGUCCACCUUACUUUUAGUGUAUGCGUCACUACUCAGGACCUUUUGAGAAGGUUGGUACAUAUGUGACUGUGUUAUAAUGACCUCAGCAGUGCUGACUCAACUGUCUUGUUUAAUGUCAUACUGCUAUGAUUCAUCCAUUCCAAGGGUUGAUAACGCAUUUCCAAAUGUAUUUAACCUGCCGUUAUUAGCAUGUGUGAUUACAGUUAAGAGCACCGACCAAACUGACACAGCAAUUAUAGAUUUAAAUGUAUUUACCUUCUCCAUCAUGUGUGGAGGGGUACGUUUAAUGCUGGAUGCAAUAUGAACAGGAGAUGGUUGUUCUCAGGAAGAUAUCUUGAACAAUGUAAUUUAAUAAUUAAACUGUCUUUCGCCCUAAGGGGAUGUUCUAAUUACCUCAAUUUUAAUCCUUAUAUUUGAAGUGUUUUAUUUUUAGUUUGUGCUCUGCUAGCACAAAUGGCGCUGAAUUAUCUUAACAGGUUUUGAGUCAUACCUGUUUUGGGCUCACAGAUGAAGGUUGUGAGGGCUCUGGUCCCAUGCAGAGUUAAUGUUGAGUUUGCACAGCGACUGCCUGUUUUUAUCAAUAGUGCACUGUUAUGUAAGACCCUCAUGUCAGUGCCACAAACACGCUAAUCAUCAACCAGUUGGCUAUCGUAUUACUGUGCACAGUACAGCAAUAAAACAGUACUGUUGAAUGAAGCAGAACAUGUCCUUACUUAUCUUCCAAUGAGAUGAAUGAGUUACUCUAAUAAAGAUAAAUAUGAUGUU